GCUGUUAAACAAUUUCAGAUAGAUAGAUAGAUAUAUUGCUAAAUCAUUAUGUCUGUAACAAACAUAUUUUGCACAAUAUAUUAUUUUACACCAAAAUACAUUUUCCGUAAACAACAUUUGACAGGCGGAACGAACAACACUUUUGUUGUUGUAAUUUUCGGAACCUGAAAUCGGGUGCACCAGGUUCAAUGUGAAGGGGACGAGCAUGUCUGCUGGCGUGUGUGUUAAUAUGGCACCAAGUUUCAGAAUGAAAUGUGGACUUUUAAACACUAGGACUUUAUUUUGCACUAAAAUAAUUCCACAUAUUGCACGGACACGGACAGAGGUCAUGUGCUUGAGAUCGGCAACGCAUUCAGCCUCGCAACACGACGAAAAAUACUGUAUUGAUCUUGUACGAUUGCGUGACUAUGAAGGGUUUGUGAGUUCGUUGCUUCUUCCUGAGGCUGCUCGUCGCUCCUCAUUGGCACUGAGGGCUUUUAAUGUGGAACUGGCACAGGCAGGUGAAGGACUCUGUGUCUCAGAAGACCAUUGGUCUAAUGCGACUGCAGUUUUGGAAGACAGCAGUGGAGGACAUUUACAAAGACGAGCCUCCAGUGCAGCCUGUGAGCGCAGAGUUGUGGAGGGCAGUGAGGAAACAUAAACUGACGAGAAGGUGGCUGUUGAGAAUCAUAGCUGAAAGAGAAAAGGAUAUGGAGGACCGAGCAUACAGGAAUCUACAGGAGCUGGAGGCUUAUGCAGAGAACACCCAGUCGUCUCUCCUCUACCUCCUGCUGGAGACUUUAGAGGUGAAAGACGUCCAUGCAGAUCAUGCUGCCAGCCAUAUCGGUAAAGCACAAGGGAUUGUGACGUGUCUGCGAGCUACACCGUACCACAGCCAGAGGCGCAGGGUGUAUCUUCCCAUGGACAUCUGCAUGCUGCAUGGUGCCUCUCAAGAGGACUUCAUCCGUGGCAGCAGGGAGCAGAAUGUCAGGGAUGUUGUGUAUGACAUUGCCAGUCAAGCUCAUGUUCAUCUUCAGCAUGCGAGAUCGUUCAGUAAAUCUGUUCCGGAUGCCGCCAUGCCUGCUUUCCUUCAAACAGUUGCUAUUGAUGAUUACCUGGAGAGAGUGAGAAAAGUAGACUUCGACAUUUUUCACCCCAGUCUCCAGAGGAGGAAUCCGCUGAUGCCCAUUCAACUUUAUUUCCGAUCAUGGAAGAAAAAAUACUGAUGUUUCAUCAGAAGUAGCCCUUCUAAUUUAUAAUCUUAUAUUCUUUUUAUCACUGCCAAUCCACACACUGACUUCCUGUGGUACAGGAAAUAUCUAUAUAGAUGUAAAACAACAACAGGAAAUAGGAAAAUUCACUUUUUCUGAUUGUAUGCCGUGUUUUCUUCAAAACACAUUAGGCAUUGCAAAGAAAUUCAUUACCAAUCCACUCAGUAUCAGUAAUGACAACAAGAUAAUAACAUACAGCACUGUCUGUGCCCUGUCUGUGAAAAUGAGAUGUUUGAUAUUCAACACAAAAUAUUUUAGUCUAAAUUACGCAGUAUACACAGAAAACCCCAAAGUUCAUGCACCUCUGAGAAAUUAUGCAUAGUUUGUAUAUAAUGAAAACAGGUUUUGAAAUCCUGAGUUGUCUGUGUUUUUCUUUUGAUUUGUUGAUUGUGUUGAAUAAGAUUUCAGAACGACCGUCUAGCAGCAUUUUUGUUAUUCAUUUUAAACUCACCCGCAUACGCACACCUUGCUCUGAAUAGAAGCAAUCUAUGACACAUUGUUAUUUUUCUAUUUAGUAAACAUGAUGUCUAAAAAGGGGGACAGUGGUUAACAUGUUUGCUUUGCACCUCUGUGUGUGAGGAUUUGAUUCCUGCGCCCUGUGUUUGUGGAGCUUGCAUGUUCUCCCCGUUCAUUUUAUGAGAGUUAAAAAGGAACCACUAAAUAACGUUUCUAAGCAAGUGUGGCUAUGCAAUGUUCUCCUCAUCUUCAACAUCCUUGGGUUUCAGCUGGAUGACUACCAGAGCAUGGAAUGC